AUGAAUGCCCACCCCAAGGAGAUGGUGCCCCUCAUGGGCAGGAAAGCCACCGUCACCAGCGGGAACCAAGUCGUCCUACAGGAGAAGCGGCCAGCGGAGAUCACCCCCACUAAGAAGAGCGCGCACUUCUUCCUGGAGAUUGAAGGGUUUGAGCCCAACCCCACAGUGGCCAAGACCUCUCCCCCCAUCUUCUCCAAGCCGAUGGAUUCCAACAUCCGGCAGUGCCUCUCUGGCAACUGUGAUGACAUGGACUCCCCGCAAUCUCCUCAGGAUGAUGCGACAGAGACCCCGUCCAAUCCCAACAGCCCCAGUGCAAACCUGGCCAAAGAGGAGCAGAGGCGGAAAAAGAAGCGGCUGAAGAAGUGCCUCUUUGCGGCUGUGUCCGAGGGCUGCGUGGAGGAGCUGGUGCAGCUGCUGGUGGAGCUGCAGGAGCUAUGCAAGAGGCGCCGCAACCUGGACGUGCCCGACUUCCUCAUGCACAAGCUGACGGCCUCAGACACAGGGAAGACCUGUCUGAUGAAGGCCUUGCUGAACAUCAACCCCAACACCAAGGAGAUCGUGCGGAUCCUGCUCGCCUUUGCCGAUGAGAACGACAUUCUGGACAGGUUCAUCAACGCCGAGUAUACCGAGGAGGCCUACGAAGGGCAGACGGCGCUGAAUAUCGCCAUCGAGCGGCGGCAGCGAGACAUCACAGCGCUGCUCAUCGCGGCCGGCGCCGACGUCAACGCCCACGCCAAGGGGGUCUUCUUCAACCCCAAGUACCAGCACGAGGGCUUCUACUUCGGCGAGACACCCCUUGCCCUGGCAGCAUGUACCAACCAGCCCGAGAUCGUGCAGCUGCUGAUGGAGAACGAGCAGACAGACAUCACCUCGCAGGACUCACGGGGCAACAACAUCCUACAUGCGCUGGUGACGGUGGCCGAAGACUUUAAGACACAGAAUGACUUCGUUAAGCGCAUGUACGACAUGAUCUUGCUGAGGAGUGGCAACUGGGAGCUGGAGACCAUGCGAAACAAUGACGGCCUCACCCCGCUGCAGCUGGCCGCCAAGAUGGGCAAGGCCGAGAUCCUGAAGUACAUCCUCAGUCGUGAGAUCAAGGAGAAGCGACUCCGGAGCUUGUCCAGGAAGUUCACCGACUGGGCAUAUGGGCCCGUGUCAUCCUCGCUCUACGACCUCACCAACGUGGAUACCACAACAGACAACUCGGUGCUGGAAAUCAUUGUCUACAAUACCAACAUUGAUAACCGGCACGAGAUGCUGACCCUGGAGCCCCUGCACACGCUGCUGCGUAUAAAGUGGAAGAAGUUUGCCAAGUACAUGUUCUUCCUGUCCUUCUUCUUUUAUUUCUUCUACAACAUCACCCUGACGCUCAUCUCUUACUACCGACCCCGGGAGGAGGAGGCCCUGCCGCACCCCCUGGCCCUGACGCACAAGAUGGGGUGGCUGCAGCUCCUGGGGAGGAUGUUCGUGCUCAUCUGGGCCAUGUGCAUUUCCGUGAAGGAGGUGAUUGUCCUCUUUGAGCUAACACCCUCAGAUCUGCAGUCCAUCCUCUCGGAUGCCUGGUUUCACUUUGUCUUUUUUGUCCAAGCUGUGCUUGUGAUACUGUCUGUCUUCUUGUACUUGUUUGCCUACAAAGAGUACCUCGCCUGCCUCGUGCUGGCCAUGGCCCUGGGCUGGGCGAACAUGCUCUACUACACGCGGGGGUUCCAGUCCAUGGGCAUGUACAGCGUCAUGAUCCAGAAGGUCAUUUUGCAUGAUGUUCUGAAGUUCUUGUUUGUAUAUAUCGUGUUCUUACUCGGAUUCGGAGUAGCCCUGGCCUCGCUGAUUGAGAAGUGCCCCAAGGACCACAAGGACUGCAGCUCCUACGGCAGCUUCAGCGAUGCUGUGCUGGAACUCUUCAAACUCACCAUAGGCCUGGGCGACCUGAACAUCCAGCAGAACUCCAAGUACCCCAUCCUCUUCCUGUUCCUGCUCAUCACCUACGUCAUCCUCACCUUCGUCCUCCUCCUCAACAUGCUCAUCGCCCUCAUGGGAGAGACGGUUGAGAACGUCUCCAAGGAGAGUGAGCGCAUCUGGCGCCUGCAGAGAGCCAGGACGAUCUUGGAGUUUGAGAAGAUGCUGCCAGAAUGGCUGAGGAGCAGGUUCCGGACGGGGGAGCUGUGUAAAGUGGCCGAGGAAGAUUUCCGGCUGUGCCUGCGGAUCAACGAGGUGAAGUGGACUGAAUGGAAAACACACGUCUCCUUCCUCAACGAAGAUCCCGGGUCCGUGAGGCGGACAGCAGAUUUCAACAAAAUCCAAGAUUCUUCCAGGAGCAACAGCAAAACCACCCUCAAUGCGUUUGAAGAAAUAGAUGAGUUCCCGGAAACUUCAGUGUAGCAGCAGAAUCCGGAGCUGGUGUGCGCAUGGGUGCUGCAGGCUGAUCCAGGACUGCGUGCUGAGGGCUUUGCCUCGUGAUGGAGCCUGGCCCUGCCCGCCUGGAAGCAGAAAGCACCCUCGGGCUGAACUGAGAGGCAGUUGUCAGUUUUCUGCGUGGAAGAGACCCUGGAUUUUGUUACUUGGUGAAGAGUUUGUGUGGACGGAUGGCCAGCAGUCCUGAACCUGGGGUUCCUGAAAUCCCUGGGUUCACCAGCUGGUGACCAGGUCAGCUCGGCUGGGAGAGGAGCGGUAGGGAAGGGGCAGGGCCCGAGGAGCAGAACUUUCUUCCUGCCAACAUCUCCUUGGGAGCCCCAGCCGCAGCCCACACAUCCCUCCUCUCCCCUGCUGUGACUGGGGCUUCUGAAUUGAAGGGACUCUUGGUCCCAUCCCAGAACAUACAGGGGACUGAGCAAGUCCGAUCUCCUGGGGGAGGGGGGUGUGAGUUAUGGAAAUGCCCUUCCAGAACCUUCAGGGAACAGAAACUACCCUUGGAAUGAGUGCCCACUGGCACCCCAAGGCUCAAACUGUCUCAAAGUGAGAGACUUUUCGUAGUGUAAUUAACACUGUUUAUUAUUAUUAUUAUUAUUAUUAUUUUAUUUUCAAUAGAAAAAGGACAUUUCAGUUUUAAAUGAAAAACACUUCAGAUGAAGUCCAUGACUUUAAAAGUGGAGAAGUAGAUUUGAGGGUUUGGGACUGGAUGGAAGUAUUGUGUACUAGGCCUCAGGGUGGCCGGGGCAAAAACAAAAAGCUUUUCUUUGCGCGCACAAAGGUCCAGAUGAGACGUGCACAGUGUGAGGCGGCCCCGGCACUGGCAGCUGACUCCGGCGCCAGCUGGACGCUGUGAUGGGGUGAGAGAGCCUGGCUCUCCUCCUCGCCCCGGCCCUGCAGUAGUGCCCGCCUCCAAGCUGGGUCCCAGCCUCGCCUGAAACAGAAAUAGCAGCUGCUCUAUUUAUAUGGCCUGACAUCCCAGAGGUGACUCUCAUACGUCAGUGUUUCUCAUCGGAGGAAUUCAACAGAAGACCUGAAACGCUCUGGCACUAAAGAUUCUUGUUAACUGUGAGUUUGGAAGCUGAGGAAAAGGUUGAGAAAGGCGCAUUUGCCAAGAUGAGUGGCUGGCUUUUAGAGCCUCAUCCUCUGGUUUCCUCCCCCUGAAAUCACACGGAGCCAGUCUGGGGGCAGAAAUGAAGUAGAGAGGGAAGAAAUGUCCCAGAUGUCUGGAGCCGCUCCGCCUUGGUUGUCUGGUAAAAGGAUUCAUGUGGGAAUUGUUGAGGAGGAAUGACAAGUAUAUUAACCAUGAAUUUAAUUUGAAAUGCCGCAAAAAUGAAUUUGGCCUUCAGGUGAUGUGGCGAUUGGCUAGUUAAUCUGACUUGAGGCCAAUGGAGAAGUGCAAACCAAGCAGCCACUCUGGGCUGUUUCUCGGCUCUGGGCUGUUCUGUGUGCCAGCACCUGGGUGAGUGGAAACUUGGCCUUUGUGCCCCUGAUGGGCCGGGUCAGGGAGAGAUGGGAUGGGUCAAGGAUGCAGCCUGAGAGCCACACAGUCUGCAGCAGCCCAUGCCCUUCCAGCUGACCCAGGCGCCAACCAUGCUCUGCACCACAGUGGUCAGACCAGGCUCAGGUGUGAGCAGGGACUAGGCAUGUCCUCUGGGAAAGGGAAGGCCUGUUAUGGAGGCGGGAGGAGCAGAUGUGUGCCAGAUGUGGGCAGCGCUAGUGCCAAAGGUGGGAAAUUUCAGGGGAAAGAUUUUGGUUCCAUUCAGUCCUACAGCUGCUCUAGGUAUUGGAGAUGUUUAAGCGGAAGCUGGUUGAGGACCUAUUAGGGAUGAUGUUAAAGAUCACAGUCAGGUGAACUUUAAGGUCCUUUUAGCCUUCAGAUUGGCAUCCUGUACCUAGAGUUACCCGUUUACAUACAUCGAGAACAGAUGUCUUGGUUUGAAGGGCAGCCAUUUGGGUCCAUGGCGCCAUGCUCUACACACUGGAGCUGGGAAUUCCAGAAUUGCUUUGACUCCCAUAUGCAUGGAUAAAGCCAUUUCCAUUUCUUGGGAGGCUAGGGAAGUAGACAUCAGCAAUGGGAUCUUUGUCUUCUCACAUGUACGGAAAGCUGUGGGGCUGGAUAGAAUUUGCUGUACUGGAUAGCCAUCCCCAGAAGGCGUUCAGUCUGUCUAGUCUGAGCCUAGAUGGGUUUCUCAGGUGAAGGGAAGCAGUGGGCCAAAGAGCAUCAGGUUAAAAGGACGAGUCCCCUUAUUUCACACCUAAAACCAAAGCUCAGAAAGGAAAGCACACUUACUCAUAGUCAGGCAGGAAGUCAUAGCAGAGCUGUUGAAACUGGAGUGUUCAGAUUUCUGGACCACAGAUGUCCCCCUGCACCAUCAUUUUAAAAAGCAGUUACUCAGUAAAUUUGAGUCUGCCUUUGUGGUUGGCAUAUGUCAGCGGGCUAUGGCUUCUUGCUCAGGUGAUUCAUGUUGACGGUCUAC